GUGACUUAACCAUGGUUCGACCAUUUCGUAGCGCUAAAUACCACCUACCAAUUUUACUUCUGAUAUGAAAUUUUUCUGAUCCAACCGCCGAUAUAAUACAGUUUUUCUGAUCUAACCGCUGAUCAAUCCUUGAUUUGCGUCAUAUUUCUUCAUAAAUUGUCCUACCUUCUAGGGGUGGCUAUACGGUCCGGUCCGGUUAAAUUGGACCAAAUUGAUCCGGUCCCAGUCCGGUCUUUUCGGGAAUAUAAGGACCAAAGAUUGGAUUGGAUACACUCCGGUCUUGAUCCGGUCCGGUCCCAAUUUGAUUUUGAUUUUAGAUUGAGUUUGUGGGGAUUUGAGUGUUGGGGUCUCUUACCCGUUCUUUAUCCAGGUUUUUUUACCUCAAAUCUAAGCCCGAAUAUGAGAUUGAAUUGUUUGCUAUCCGGUCCCUGUCUAAUCUCGAUCCGGGUUAUACGGUCCGGUUUCGAGUAAAACCAAACAGUUUUGGACCAAAUUGCCAGCGCUACAGUACAUUCAUUUGCGUCAAUAACUCGAUGUAGAAUUAGACAAAAUCUUGGCCCGGGUAUGAAAUUGCUAUAUACCACUUAUUUACAGAAAAUUAAAUAAAAAUUUGAUUUAUUUUCCUGCCACGGAAAAUAGGAUUAGGAUCAACCACCGCUCCAUCAGAAUGUGCUGGAGGCGACUACAGAUUUGGAAAUCCAUCAAGUCAAAACAAGGCCAAUAAAUGGGCCCAAUCCAAUAAUACAAACCCAACCCAAAAGCAACGGAAUCUCAAAUCAUCCCUGGCGUCCGUUGUUAAAGCGUUAAAAAUAAAGUGAUAAACCUUAAAACAAUUAAUUAAAUAAUUAAAUUAUCAAACAAAUGAACAAAUCCCUAUCCGUCGCGUAAAACUGUAAAAAAAAACCCAACUGGAAAUAAAAAUCAAACCUCUCCGACUUCCCGUCUCCAGUUACUGCCUGCGGUCUCCCGAACUCAAAAAGAAAUCAAAUCACUCUCUCCCUCCCGCUCCUAGGGUUUCUUGAACCACCUGCGAUUCACAGGCUCGCUUCCGUCUCCCCGGCCCUCUGCGCCACCGUCACUUCGCCUUCGAAGCUCUGUUCCAGUCAACGUAGCCGGAGCCAUGUCGCUGAGGCCAAACAACAACAAGAAUGAGAAUCGCCGCAACAAGUACAAGGUCGCCGUCGACGCCGACGAAGGCAGGCGGAGGAGGGAGGACAACAUGGUGGAGAUCCGGAAGAACAAGCGCGAGGAGAGCUUGAUGAAGAAGCGGCGUGAAGGCCUCCAGCCCCAGCAGCUCUCGGCGACUCUCCCUGGUGCUAUGGAGAAGAAGUUGGAAAGCUUGCCUUCUCUGGUUGCUGGUGUUACUUCGGAUAAUGGUAAUCUACAGCUCGAAGCCACCACUCAGUUCAGAAAGCUGCUGUCCAUCGAAAGGUGCCCUCCUAUUGAGGAGGUUAUUCAGUCUGGUGUUGUUCCUCGCUUUGUUGAGUUCCUUAUGAGGGAGGAUUUCCCUCAGCUCCAGUUUGAAGCUGCUUGGGCUUUGACAAACAUUGCUUCUGGGACCUCUGAGAAUACCAAAGUGGUGAUCGAUCAUGGUGCUGUUCCAAUAUUUGUUAAGCUUCUUGGUUCUGCCACUGAUGAUGUUCGGGAGCAGGCUGUGUGGGCCUUGGGAAACGUUGCUGGUGAUUCACCAAAAUGCCGUGACUUUGUUCUGAGUCAUGCAGCACUGAUUCCUCUUCUGGCUCAAUUGAAUGAGCAUGCCAAGCUUUCCAUGCUAAGGAAUGCCACUUGGACAUUGUCGAACUUCUGCAGGGGCAAGCCUCAGCCUCCUUUUGAUCAGGUGAGGCAAGCACUUCCUGCACUUGAGCGUCUCGUGCACUCCUCUGACGAGGAAGUCCUUACUGAUGCAUGUUGGGCGCUAUCCUAUCUUUCUGAUGGUACAAAUGAUAAAAUCCAAGCUGUGAUCGAGACUGGUGUUUGCCAGCGACUUGUGGCGCUUCUCCUCCAUCAAUCGCCGUCAGUGCUUGUUCCAGCCCUUCGCACAGUUGGAAACAUUGUAACAGGAGAUGAUUCUCAGACUCAGUGUAUUAUCGGCCAUGGUGCACUCCCAUGCCUUCUCAACAUGUUGAACAAUACGUUUAAGAAGAGCAUUAAGAAGGAAGCAUGCUGGACCAUCUCCAACAUUACAGCUGGAAACAAGGAACAGAUUCAGGCUGUGAUUGAAGCUGGUCUGAUAGGCCCUCUAGUUAACUUGCUUGCAAAUGCGGAGUUUGACAUAAAGAAAGAGGCUGCUUGGGCUCUCUCUAAUGCUACUUCUGGUGGUACCCAUGAUCAAAUAAAGUUUCUGGUGAGCCAGGGGUGUAUAAAACCAUUGUGUGAUCUCCUUGUUUGCCCUGAUCCAAGAAUCGUCACAGUCUGUCUCGAAGGACUAGAGAAUAUAUUGAAGAUUGGGGAAUCCGAGAAGAAUUUGGGAAAAACUGAAGUGAACUUAUUUGCCCAGGCUAUAGAUGAUGCCGAGGGUCUUGAAAAGAUUGAAAAUCUUCAGAGCCAUGAUAACAAUGAGAUCUACGAGAAGGCAGUUAAGAUUCUGGAGACCUAUUGGACGGAGGAAGAGGACGAUACAUUACCUUCUGCUGAUGCUACUACGCAGUCAGGUUUUCAGUUUGGCGGAAAUGACCUCCCACCUGGCGGCUUCAACUUCAGUUGAAGGUAUGUUACGAAUAUGCUUUGAACCAUAUGCAUCAAUCUAACCAGAGGCCGCAAAUGAGUUUGUUUGGUAUGUUCGUGGGUGAGUGGUUGGUUGGCCGUUGUGGACUGAAUUGGGGGUUAGAAUCAUGAAAGCAUAGGUAUUGAAAGCUCAGGGUUCGAAUAUUUGGUUACUAGGCUAUAAUUGUACUCUAAAUUUCACGUGCAUGUAGAAAAUCUAGGUUCUGAAGGACCGGACUAGAUGGUUUUAAGUUGGUGGGUUUAAUAAACUCAUCAAUGUUGUUUUUUUAUAAACUGAUCAUUCUAACCGAAUGGAUAUCUCUCAAUCGGCUUUAGGGCUAGAUUGUUUUAGGUGGGCGGGUUGAGAUGUGGGUUGAUACUCACCACUCUCUAAUUUCUUAGCUAUCCAUGGUUUCCUGAAUUGUGCAUAAAGGGUUGAGUUCUAUAAAUACUGCAGGGGCUUAAGUUUGUCAUGAUGGCGAAGUUGCGAUGGUUGCGAAAAGCUGUGGCGGCUGAAGUCAGCAGUAUAUCAAGGCACCUUGUGUUGUCAGAGUCAGGUCCAUUGUGCUCUCAUGGGUCGAUCAAAAGCUGCCUGAGUUGGUCAGUCAGUCGUUAGAGUCAAGUGUCAGUCCACAAGGAGUCGGGAGGUUGGGAGUGCAGUGUCGUCCGUCUGGCCAGGCAGCACUGGCAGUUACUAUGAAAGGCAGUCAAAAGGGUCAGUCGUGUCUGAUAAUCAGAUGGAGGCUUCCUUUUGGUGUGGGUAUUUUUUGCAUUGCACGAAGCAUCGGGGAUUUGGUCGGGAGUCUUGGUUGUUUUUAGUAAAAACUCAUAAUAUACAGUUGUAUUUUUACAGUCUAUUUGAUUGCAUUUGCAUAUAGUCGGCCACAACGUCAUCCGUCAGUCAGACAGUUGUGUGGAUUUCUUGAUUCUACAAGGAAAUGAAAUGCCAGUUAUGGAUUUUUUUGAACCUGUUAUGCCUGUCUUUCCUUUCUUUUUUGGUUUAGCUUUUGAUGGCUGUCAUUGGUAGUCAUUUGGGUCGUUCCGAGUAGUCUAUCUGCAGAAAAAAGCAGUUGUGGGCAUGAACUAGUAAGUUUUGUUGUUAACUAAUUCUCAGAAGAGUAGUUGGUGUUUAAAUUCUCAGAAGCCCUUUUUAAAUGCGAUUGAGAGUUUUAAUUAUGGUCCAGGUCGAGCAUGCGUCAUCAUUAAUGCUGUCUUAUCAAUUUGCAUUUACCAAGAAUCAAGGCGAAAAGCCACAUAAUGCAUUGAAUGAUGUUGUUAUGAUUUAAAGUGAUCAUUUAAGGGAUUUAGCACAGGAGUUUUCUGCUGUGUUGCUUUCUCUCUCGGGCCUUUCUACUCUGCUGCUCUCUCCUACUGUAAUGUUUCCAAUUCAUUGUUGUCACGCCGGUCGGCGUGUCACCGGUUGUAUCAUGUUCAACCGAUACCGGUCAUAAAACCGGCGUGACACCACCGGCAUGAUCGAUAUACGAAUCUUUAAUUAAAAUGACCUUAUUUUAUCGAAUUUAAUUGAUAAAAAUUAUUUUAUUAUUUAUUUUAUGAGUAUAAUAGUUAAAUAUUGAUGUUAUUUGUUGGAUUCAAGUAUAAAUGUUUAGGUAUUGACGUUAAAUGUCGUGUUUAAAUAUGAGUAUUUAUAGUUUUAUUUGUAAUAUUGACCUGCACAAACCGAUAUGUGAAAGACUUUUUUCCGUUCCUGCCUAGUCGAUUUUUUCACCCCCAUCGAGUAAGGUUUGCGUUUUGGGUCCUCAUUCGAGCACCAUAUAAUGCUGCUGAGGAUGAAAAGUGUAUGAGGUUUUCGACGAAAUCGUCAUUGGAGAUCCCUGGGGGACAUUUGUUCGUUUUGAUCCUGAACUCCUCUCAUAGUUUUUUGUGGAACUUGGAUAGGGUGAAUUGUGUAUUUAGAAUGGAGGGGGGAAAUACAUUUGAAAUCGGCCC